AUGCGCGUCGUGCUCCUCUCGCCCGGGGCGGCGGCGCCUCCCGAGUGGAUCGUCGAGGACCUGCACUACGCGGCGCCGCCCGGCACCAUGGCGCGCAUCCGGACCGACGUCCGCAACGUGCUCUCCCGGCACGGCCUGGGCAACGGCGACCCGGACCUCCCGGACCGGGGCUUCCUGCGCAUCACUAGCGGUCCCGAGCCGCCCGGCGUGCAUGUCCUGACGGACGGUGGCGGUGGUGGUGGUGGGGGGGGCGUCCGAGUGAUGCUCUCACGGCCGGUGGUGUGGCAGCGGCGCGCGGACGGAGCGGAGAGGCUGGGAGCGGAGGUCGAGGAGGCGGCGAGGAUGGGCGACUGGUUGGUGUUUGAGCUCUGCUUGCCGAUGACGCCGCCGCAGCAGCAGGGGCAGUAG